GGGGGAGGCAGCGCCGCCCGCCCGCCCGCCGCGCUCCCACAAUGCACAGAGCGGCCCCGCAGCCCGCAGGUAGCGCCAUGGCUCCCCGCCGCCGCCCCGCCGCCUCCUGAGCAUCCUCCGCCCGCCGCCGCCGCCCGCCGCCAUGGCGGCCUCCGAGCUCUACACCAAGUAUGCCAGGGUUUGGAUCCCUGAUCCAGAGGAGGUCUGGAAGUCAGCAGAACUUCUCAAAGAUUAUAAACCUGGAGAUAAAGUUCUUCAGCUUCGACUUGAAGAGGGCAAGGACCUAGAAUAUUGCCUUGAUCCGAAGACCAAGGAACUCCCGCCCUUGCGAAACCCUGACAUACUUGUUGGUGAAAAUGACCUCACAGCACUCAGUUAUCUCCAUGAACCUGCUGUUUUACACAACCUCAAAGUUCGAUUUAUAGACUCUAAGCUCAUUUAUACCUAUUGUGGUAUUGUCUUAGUGGCUAUAAAUCCUUAUGAACAACUGCCUAUCUAUGGCGAAGAUAUCAUCAAUGCGUACAGCGGCCAAAAUAUGGGGGAUAUGGAUCCACACAUCUUUGCAGUGGCAGAAGAGGCAUAUAAACAGAUGGCCAGAGAUGAGCGAAAUCAGUCAAUCAUUGUAAGUGGAGAAUCUGGGGCAGGGAAGACAGUCUCUGCCAAGUAUGCCAUGAGGUACUUCGCCACGGUCAGUGGAUCUGCCAGUGAAGCCAAUGUUGAGGAGAAAGUCUUGGCUUCCAACCCCAUAAUGGAGUCAAUUGGAAAUGCCAAAACAACAAGGAAUGACAACAGCAGUCGCUUUGGGAAAUACAUUGAAAUUGGUUUUGAUAAGAGAUACCGAAUCAUUGGUGCUAACAUGAGAACUUACCUCCUGGAGAAGUCAAGAGUGGUAUUUCAGGCAGAAGAGGAGAGAAAUUACCACAUCUUUUACCAACUAUGUGCCUCUGCAGCAUUACCUGAAUUUAAAACUCUACGCUUAGGGAAUGCAAAUUACUUUCACUAUACAAAGCAAGGUGGAAGCCCUGUGAUUGAUGGUGUUGAUGAUGCUAAGGAAAUGGUAAACACCAGGCAGGCCUGCACUUUACUAGGGAUUAGCGAUUCCUACCAGAUGGGAAUUUUUCGAAUCCUCGCUGGCAUCCUUCACUUGGGCAAUGUGGAGUUUGCAUCUCGGGAUUCUGACAGCUGCGCCAUUCCUCCCAAACAUGAUCCCCUCACCAUCUUCUGUGACCUCAUGGGUGUGGAGUAUGAAGAGAUGGCCCACUGGCUUUGCCACAGGAAGCUUGCAACUGCCACCGAAACCUACAUCAAGCCAAUUUCUAAACUCCAUGCCAUCAAUGCCAGAGAUGCACUUGCCAAACAUAUCUAUGCUAAUCUUUUUAACUGGAUUGUAGAUCACGUGAACAAAGCCCUUCAUUCUACUGUAAAACAGCAUUCUUUCAUUGGAGUGUUGGACAUUUAUGGAUUUGAGACAUUUGAAAUCAACAGCUUUGAACAGUUUUGUAUCAACUAUGCCAAUGAAAAACUGCAGCAACAGUUCAAUAUGCAUGUCUUUAAGUUGGAACAAGAAGAAUAUAUGAAGGAACAAAUACCGUGGACCUUGAUUGAUUUCUACGACAAUCAGCCUUGCAUCAACCUCAUAGAGGCUAAAAUGGGAAUUCUGGAUCUGUUAGAUGAGGAGUGCAAGAUGCCAAAAGGCUCGGAUGACACUUGGGCCCAAAAGCUAUACAAUACUCAUUUGAAUAAAUGUGCCCUCUUUGAAAAACCACGUUUAUCAAAUAAGGCUUUCAUCAUCAAGCACUUUGCUGACAAGGUGGAAUAUCAAUGUGAAGGCUUUCUAGAAAAGAAUAAAGACACAGUUUAUGAAGAACAAAUUAAGGUCCUCAAAUCAAGUAAGAAGUUUAAGCUGCUACCAGAGUUAUUCCAGGAUGAGGAGAAGGUGCUCAGUCCCACGUCAGCAACCCCUUCAGGCCGUGUGCCAUUGUCUCGAACUGCUGUAAAACCAGCCAAGGCCAGGCCAGGGCAAACCAGCAAGGAACAUAAGAAAACUGUGGGGCAUCAGUUCCGAAACUCUCUUCAUCUGCUGAUGGAAACCCUGAACGCUACAACUCCACACUACGUGCGCUGUAUUAAACCUAAUGACUUCAAGUUUCCAUUCACAUUUGAUGAAAAGCGGGCAGUGCAGCAGUUGAGAGCUUGUGGUGUCCUGGAGACCAUCCGAAUCAGUGCAGCUGGCUUUCCCUCAAGGUGGACAUACCAAGAGUUCUUCAGCCGUUACCGUGUUCUGAUGAAGCAGAGAGAUGUUCUUGGUGAUCGAAAGCAGACAUGUAAAAAUGUCCUGGAGAAGCUAAUUCUGGACAAGGAUAAGUACCAGUUUGGUAAGACAAAAAUAUUUUUUCGGGCUGGUCAAGUAGCCUACCUGGAAAAAAUAAGGGCAGAUAAGUUGAGAGCUGCUUGUAUCCGCAUCCAAAAGACAAUCCGAGGCUGGCUGAUGAGAAAGAAGUACGUGCGUAUGAGGAAGGCUGCCAUCACCAUUCAGAGAUAUGUCAGAGGGUAUCAAGCACGAUGCUAUGCCACGUUCCUACGGAGAACACGGGCCGCCAUCACUAUUCAGAAGUUCCAGCGUAUGUAUGUGGUCCGGAAAAGAUACCAGUGCAUGCGAGAUGCUACUAUUGCUCUUCAGGCUCUCUUAAGAGGUUAUAUGGCCAGGAACAAGUACCAAAUGAUGCUUCGAGAGCACAAGUCUAUUAUUAUUCAGAAACAUGUAAGAGGCUGGCUGGCUCGUGUGCACUACCGUAGGACCUUGAAGGCAAUUGUUUACUUGCAAUGCUGUUACCGGCGCAUGAUGGCAAAGAGAGAGCUAAAGAAACUGAAGAUAGAAGCUCGUUCUGUGGAACGCUACAAGAAACUUCACAUUGGCUUGGAGAACAAGAUCAUGCAGCUGCAGCGGAAAAUUGAUGAGCAGAACAAAGAGUACAAAUCUCUGCUGGAGAAACUGAACAGCCUGGAGAUUACGUACAGUACGGAGACAGAGAGACUUCGGAGUGAUGUGGAGAGGCUUCGAAUGAGCGAGGAAGAGGCUAAGAAUGCAACCAACCGUGUUCUCAGCCUUCAGGAGGAGAUCGCUAAGCUCCGGAAGGAGCUGCACCAGACUCAGUCUGAGAAGAAGACCAUUGAGGAAUGGGCAGACAAAUACAAACAUGAAACUGAGCAGCUGGUAUCAGAACUGAAAGAUCAGAAUACAUUACUGAAAACAGAAAAGGAGGAGCUGAACCGGCGCAUCCAUGACCAGGCAAAAGAGAUAACAGAGGCAAUGGAAAAGAAGCUAGUGGAGGAAACGAAACAGCUGGAGCUAGAUCUGAAUGAUGAAAGGUUACGGUAUCAGAACCUGCUAAAUGAGUUCAGCCGCUUAGAGGAGCGGUAUGAUGAUCUCAAGGAUGAAAUGAACUUAAUGGUGAGCAUCCCCAAGCCUGGACACAAAAGAACGGAUUCGACUCACAGUAGCAAUGAAUCUGAAUAUACUUUCAGCUCUGAGAUCACAGAAGCAGAAGACUUACCACUGAGGAUGGAGCAGGAACCAAGUGAGAAAAAGGCACCAUUGGACAUGUCUCUGUUCCUCAAGCUGCAGAAACGGGUUACAGAGCUGGAGCAAGAAAAGCAAUCCCUGCAAGAUGAACUGGACAGAAAGGAAGAACAGGCUCUUCGUGCUAAAGCUAAGGAGGAGGAAAGGCCUCCAAUAAGAGGUGCGGAGUUGGAGUAUGAGUCACUCAAGCGUCAAGAACUUGAAUCUGAGAAUAAAAAACUGAAGAAUGAGUUGAAUGAGCUGCAGAAGGCCCUCACAGAAACACGAUCUCCAGAGGUAACUGCUCCUGGUGCCCCAGCAUAUAGAGUCCUCCUGGAUCAGCUAACUUCAGUAAGUGAGGAACUUGAAGUACGCAAGGAAGAAGUCCUCAUCCUGAGGUCUCAGCUGGUCAGCCAGAAAGAGGCGAUUCAACCCAAGGAGGAUAAGAAUACUAUGACAGAUUCUACUAUCCUCUUGGAAGAUGUACAGAAGAUGAAAGACAAAGGAGAAAUAGCACAGGCAUAUAUUGGAUUGAAGGAAACAAACAGGCAAUCUCCCCAGGACUAUCAUAUGCUGAAUGAGGACGGAGAACUUUGGCUGGUUUAUGAAGGGUUAAAACAAGCCAACAGGCUGCUGGAGUCUCAGCUUCAGUCGCAGAAGAAGAGCCACGAGAAUGAACUGGAAUCACUGCGAGGAGAGAUCCAAAGUCUGAAAGAAGAAAACAAUCGCCAGCAGCAGCUCUUGGCACAGAAUCUGCAGCUGCCCCCAGAGGCCCGGAUUGAAGCCAGCCUGCAGCAUGAGAUCACUCGGCUGACAAACGAAAACUUGUUUUAUGAGGAAUUGUAUGCAGAUGAUCCCAAGAAGUAUCAAUCGUACCGGAUUUCACUUUACAAACGGAUGAUUGAUUUAAUGGAACAACUUGAAAAGCAAGACAAAACUGUUCGAAAGUUAAAGAAACAGUUGAAAGUAUUUGCUAAGAAGAUCGGUGAACUUGAAGUGGGGCAGAUGGAGAACAUAUCACCUGGACAAAUCAUUGACGAACCUAUUCGUCCAGUCAACAUUCCACGGAAGGAAAAGGACUUCCAGGGGAUGUUAGAAUAUAAGAAGGAAGAUGAACAAAAACUGGUCAAGAAUCUUAUUUUAGAGCUGAAACCACGUGGGGUAGCUGUCAACCUGAUUCCAGGACUACCUGCAUAUAUUUUGUUCAUGUGUGUACGCCAUGCAGAUUACCUUAAUGAUGACCAAAAAGUGCGGUCCUUGUUGACUUCCACUAUCAAUGGCAUCAAAAAAGUGUUGAAGAAAAGAGGUGAUGACUUCGAAACGGUGUCAUUCUGGCUAUCCAACACCUGCCGAUUUUUGCACUGUUUAAAACAAUAUAGUGGAGAAGAGGGGUUUAUGAAGCAUAAUACACCUCGUCAGAAUGAGCACUGCCUCACUAAUUUUGACUUAGCUGAAUAUAGACAAGUACUGAGUGACUUGGCUAUUCAGAUCUACCAACAACUUGUCAGAGUGUUGGAAAACAUUCUGCAACCAAUGAUUGUUUCAGGAAUGCUGGAGCAUGAGACUAUCCAAGGUGUCUCAGGGGUGAAACCAACAGGGCUGCGGAAGAGAACAUCCAGCAUUGCUGAUGAAGGAACCUACACUUUGGACUCCAUUAUUCGGCAGCUGAAUUCUUUCCAUUCUGUGAUGUGUCAGCAUGGAAUGGAUCCAGAACUCAUCAAACAGGUUGUCAAGCAGAUGUUCUACAUCAUUGGGGCUGUAACACUUAACAAUCUUCUUCUGCGCAAGGACAUGUGCUCAUGGAGCAAAGGAAUGCAGAUAAGAUACAAUGUGAGUCAACUUGAAGAAUGGCUACGUGAUAAAAAUUUGAUGAACAGUGGGGCUAAAGAAACACUGGAGCCCCUCAUUCAGGCUGCACAGUUGUUGCAAGUAAAAAAGAAAACAGAUGAAGAUGCAGAAGCCAUUUGUUCAAUGUGCAACGCAUUGACUACUGCCCAGAUUGUAAAAGUACUGAAUUUGUAUACUCCAGUUAAUGAAUUUGAAGAGAGAGUCUUGGUAUCAUUUAUCCGUACAAUACAGCUGCGUCUUCGAGACAGGAAGGACUCUCCUCAAUUGCUCAUGGAUGCUAAACACAUCUUUCCUGUUACUUUUCCAUUUAAUCCAUCCUCUCUGGCGUUAGAAACCAUCCAGAUCCCAGCCAGCUUGGGGCUGGGCUUCAUAUCACGUGUCUGAUCCCAAGGAUGUGCUGUCAGUGUUAGAUGGAGAAUCAGUUGCCUGAUAUCAUGACCCAUUAAAACACAGUGAGCUACUGAAAACAUGUUUCUGAACAAACAGUCUGUAUAUGCCCAGAUCUGUAGUAAAAGUAGCUGGAAAACUACACAGCAGCUCCACAGAUUGAAGGCUAAUAGAAAGAUGUACAUUUGUGUUCAGUCAUUGCAUUUAUGAGGACACAACUGAUUCAUAGAUUUCCAGAAUAUGGAAAUCAGGCUUGGACAAAAAAUGUGUCUUCAGCUGUCUAGAGACAUUUUUAGAUCUUUAGUAACAUAUUUAAAUAGUGUAAAUUAAACUCCGUAUGUAACCUUCUCAUAGGCAGGGACCAAUAGGGACGGUCACAGUCCUGACCAUGGAAGACUCAGAAGUAAGGCAUUUUGUAGUAGCAUACACAGUUACUUGGGAGCCUGUUACAUUUAAUUUGUAAAAACUGGAAUGGAGAAGCAAAACCUGGCAAUAUAUAAAAUGAUUUCUUAAACCACUUCCUUAUUUAUGUCAGUUUGACAUAAAUUCUAGUGAUAAGUCCUAUAGCUUACUAUAUGCUAUAACAUGGGUGUUCAUUUGUUAGUACUGUGGUUUACAAAUUAAAUUGCUGCUGCAUAUUGUGCUCUUCUAAAUGUAUGACAGUAUCAUACUAGGCACUAAAAAUAAGGUAUUUCAUUUUUUGUUGUCAACUUUAUUUACAGUCCAAUGCAGUCUGUUAUUCUAACUGGAGUUUUGCAAAUGUUAUCAAAUAUCACCUGUAAAGGAAAAUGGUAACUAAGCACAAGUAGCACACUGGAAAUUACAUGUUUAGUUGUUGUGUUAUUUUUGUUUUUUAAUAGUUAUCUAAGAAUACAAAAUCUUGAAACAAAUUAUCAGAAAUCAGUCAUGAUUUUUGUAUUUAUUUAGAUUUUGUAGUCUGUCCGAUGUUUUUCUUUGUUUGUAGACCCCAGAGAUGUGUGUAUUUUCAGUGUAAUGUAUUUUGUUGCCACUUAAAAAAAAAAGUUUAAAAAAUAAAAAAGUAUUCCUUCAUACAAUGUAUUUGAGAAGAAAACCUUUAACAGAAAAUUUCUGCAGUAACCCAAGACUCAUAUUCUUAGAAAGAUUGGCUUAUAAAAAUGCUAAGUGAGUUUUGACUAUGAUGCUGUCAUUUGACCAUGACGCAUACUGAUUCAAUGGCCUUCCUUACGGUUCCAAUUCUGAUCUUUAAAAUGUAGUUUGUGGUGUAUGGCGCAAAAUAACACGUGGAAAAAAAAGUCACACACAUUACUCAGUUACAUUGUGCAAUAUUUUUUAUACAAUAUAAAAAUUGGCAAUUUAACAUUAAUUUAUUUAAAAAUACUGAGAAAUAAUCUAGGGGUACACUAUUAGACUAUUUGGUACUUAUCUAUUUGCCUGCAAACUCACAGAAAAAAAUGUUGCUCUAAAGCAAAAUGUUUCAGUUGUGUUUUACUUCAGAGGUAGAGAUACUGUUUAUAUGGUUGCUAAAAUAAAUAAUAAAUAAAUGAUAACCUAAACUUUGUAAGUAUCGUUUUAAGAUGCUCAUGUUGUCUUACUUUCAAAUGUGUAUGCCCCAUAUUACACUUGAUGGACCAAGCUGACACUUGCAAGAACCUAAUAUUGCAUUGCAUAAAUAUUUUGAAUGAUCUUUACUUAUGAUUUGGAUUGUCUUUCUGUGCGUGGUAACCAAAACCUUUUUUUUUUUUUUUUUUUAAUAUUACUUAAUUCUUGAAACUAUGAGUGGCUCCAAAUAAGGUAUAAUGUAAGAAUGGUGGGGUAUAGUAGUUUUCAGACUUUUAGACAUACUGUAUUUGAGAGAGUGUAAUGGGAAAGCCUUCACUUUCAGGAACAUGGUUAGGAAGGAAAAUAAGUGAGAACAUGUUGACCUACAGAAUUUUUCUCCUAUUGAAAAACAAAAAAAUAGCAUUACAGUAUGUUCAUACUGUAGAUCAGGAAGUGUAUCCACUAUGUAAGCAUUAGUGUAUUAAAAUGUAUGCCUAAAUGUAUUUUUAUUUUUAAAGUCUGUUUACCUGUAAAAAGCCUUAUUGUAUCUCUUUUCCUUAAAAAAGUAGUGUUUAGUAAUUUAUAGAUAUUAUCCUUAAACUCAGUGGUUUGACCGGUAUUACUUUUAUAUCACGUUAAAAGUAUAUGCUGCUUGACAUGUUUUAAAGGAAAAUAUUUUUCAGUUGAAGUAGAUGUGUAAUUGGUAAUUCAUCUAAUACUUUACAUGGCAGUAUUUUACAUGCACUUUUCAGAAGUAAAAUUUUCGUGUCAGUGUAUAAUAUAUCUUUCACCUUAGGACUAAUAUCUCUUUAACCAUGGAAUUAUAAUGCAGAAUUAUUUUAACAUUUUUUUUUCCUUUGAAUCAUGGUUAUGCUCUGUUAAUGUGGAUAUAUCUUUUAUAUUUUAAUUUAUUAUCUGUUGCUAUAAUAGAUUCUAUCAGAUGCUGGAAAAAUACUUGUCAAAGACCCCUUAGAAUUAUACACAGCUAUUCUAGAGAUUUUGCACAAUUACCUCAUUCAGUUUGGUGUAUUUUUAUUCCAGUGACCAUUUUAUUCUGGCGUUUAGGACAUUGUCUUCUAUUCAAAUUUUGAAAAAAAAAUUGCUUCUCAGUCUGGGAUGGAACAUGAAAGUGCUCAAGUCCGUUAAAUGUAAUUAAUCUAUUUUACCUAUCACAGGAAAAAAGCAGGAUCAACUUCAGUGUUGAAAAGCAGAUUGACACCUGGUAACAUUUGUUCCCAACUUGGAAACACCAGCAUUUGCAAUUUGAAGGUCUGUGUAAUUUGUGAUUUAAACUGAACACAUUUCAAAUACUGUAUGAGUACUCUAAGUAAACAUUUUUUUAAGAUGCUGAUACUUCAUCUGGUUAAUAAAAGCCUUUAAACAUAGAUUUUCACUCAAUACCACCACGGUACAUAGAUGAAAACCAAAACAUUGUCAGAAUGACCUGAGCUCUGAUCUGUUGUAGUGUCUGAUGUUGUACUUAGUAAAUGUAUGCAUCAUAAGAACUGUAGCCUAAUAGCUAUCACUGGAAAAUGUCCAAAUAAAAACACGGCUGUAAGAUUU